GGCCCGGGCGCGGCGCCAGGGGUGCGUUUCGUCCGGCGUCUGCCUGUGUCGGCCGGCGGUGGUGCCCUCUGCCGAGCAGGUGCCGCCGCGGCCUCGGCCUCUAGCAGCGCUGGGCGGCGCGGUCCGCCGCCGGCGGCGCAGUGCUCGGUAGUGGCCGGUGCGGAGCGCGGCGGGACGGUCUCGGAACGGCACCCAUCGGAGCAGCCCGGAGCAGCGCGUCCACAGAGGGAUCAGAGUCGCCCGCCAGGAUGUCGGGCCGCGUGGUGACCAACAUCAAGGGCUGCCUGAAGACGAACGUGCUGACGCUGCUGACGCUGGCCGGCGUGUUCGGCGGCGUCAUCCUGGGGAUCGCGCUGCGCCCGCCGGGCUCGGAGAAGUGGGCGCAGCGCGAUGCCAUGUACGUCGGCUUCCUGGGCGAGCUGUUCCUGCGCAUGCUGAAGGCGCUCAUCCUGCCGCUCAUCGUCUCCAGCCUGAUCUCGGCCGUCGGAAACCUCGACCUCAGCCUGUCGGGCAAGAUCGGCGCGCGGGCUAUCGCCUACUACAUGGUGACCACGGUGAUAGCCGUCAUCAUCGGUAUCAUCCUGGUGGUGAGCAUCCACCCGGGCCAGGGCAACGACGAGGGCAUCCACAAGGACGAGGCGUCCUCGCGAGACACCACCACCGCCGACACUCUCAUGGACCUCGUCAGAAACAUGUUCCCGCCAAACCUGGUGCAGGCUGCUGGUUUCCAGUACCAGACGCUGCUGACCCGACCCACCGACGAGGAGCUGGCCGCCUACCGUGAAAAGGUCGGCAAUGACUCCGCUGAGAUGCCCAAGGAGAUGUUCAAGAUCUCAGGCAACUACCGCGAGGGCUCCAACAUCAUCGGACUGGUGGUGUUCGCCAUCGUGUUCGGCAUCGUCAUCAGCAUGAUGAAGAAGCAGGGCGAGAUCCUGCUGCAGUUCUUCACGGCCAUGUCGGAGGCGAUGAUGUACCUGACCCGCAUCGUCAUCUGGCUCUCCCCUGUCGGCGUGUGCUUCCUGAUCGCGGCCAAGAUUCUGGAGCUGGAGUCGUUCUCGGUGCUGCUCGGCCAGCUGGGAAUGUACUUCCUGACCGUGCUCAUCGGGCUGACCGUGCACGGCUUUGUCGUGCUGCUGCUGCUCUACACGCUCGUGGUGCGCAAGCUGCCGUUCGGCUUCGUGGCCAACAUCGUCCAGCCGCUGGCCACCGCCUUCGGCACCUCCUCCAGCUCGGCCACGCUGCCACUGACAAUCGCCGCGCUGGAGGAGAAGAACGGCGUCGACCCGCGCAUCGCCCGGUUCGUGCUGCCCAUCGGCGCCACCAUCAACAUGGACGGCACGGCGCUGUACGAGGCCGUGGCGGCCAUCUUCAUCGCCCAGGUGCGCGGCGUCACGCUCGGACUCGGCCAGAUCAUCGCCAUCAGCAUCACGGCGACGGCGGCCAGUAUCGGCGCGGCCGGCAUCCCGCAGGCGGGUCUGGUCACCAUGGUGAUGGUUCUGGACACGGUCGGACUGCCCGCCGGCGACGUGUCGCUCAUCCUGGCCGUCGACUGGCUGCUGGACCGGUUCCGGACCACCAUCAACGUGCUGGGCGACUCACUGGGCGCGGGCAUCGUCAACCACCUGAGCAAGCGCGAGCUCGAGAAGAUGGGCGCGCACGACGGCGACGUCAUCAAGGUGGAAAACGGCAUCGAGGCCACGCAGAUGUGAGCGGCCGGUAUACCGUCCGGCCAGACAGCCGGUCAUCGCGGGCGGUCGGUGAACGGAGCCGAUGGCGCGGCCAAAACCUGCCCGCGCUGCACUGUGCGCCCCGCGCUGCACUGUGCGCCCCGUGCUGCACUGUGCGCCCGGGCUGCACUGUGUGCCCGGGGCUGCACUGUGUGCCCGGGGCUGCACUGUGUGCCCCGGACUGCACUGUGCGCCCCGGGCUGCUGCACUGUGCGCCCCGGACUGCCCGGGGCUGCACUGUGUGCCCGGGGCUGCACUGUGUGCCCCGCGCUGCACUGUGCGCCCCGGACUGCCCCGGGCUGCACUGUGCGCCCCGGGCUGCGCCGCCGGCAGGGAGUUGUGUGCGGCGCCAGGCCGGCAGAGUUGGACGCAUUAGGUCUGUAGUUGGCGUCGCGUCGUGGCCGCCACUCACUGACGAACUGGCCGCUGGUGUCAGGAUCUGAGCGGAGUUACGAGCCGUAGCGACUCAGUUGUGGAAGUCCCAUAUCAAUACAGAUUACAGGGACACUCGUCCUACGGCACGCGUCCGUGUAGUGUUAGAACAUUGGUACCAAUACUCGAACUGGAUGUAUUAUUUGUGUAGAGCGAGUGUGCCUAUUGUUAUUCUCGCGAGCGGCGCGCAGUGUUACAAAUAGUUCCACACUCUGGUCCAAUUUGGGCGGAAAUGGCGCCGCUCCGGCGGCCCAAUCCGACGUUUAUGAGUGCCCAUGAACGCUGCUGUCGGCGGCGCGUGCUCGAUGGCGUCGUUAGUGGUUAACUAUGGCCGGCAGUCUCCGAGCGGUUGUAGCGCGGGCGGCUCCGCCAGUCUAUCAGAGCUCUAACCGACCCGACCAGCGGGCGGCUUGGCCAGUCCAUCAGGCCACCAGAGUCCUGACUCCUGACAGACUCGCUGGCACGGUCGACGCAGGCGUCGUACGGCCCGGCCCGGCCACUCUCAGCAGGCUCUCACUUGGCAAUAGAUACGGCUGGGGCUAGUGUUAGUGAACAUUAUCUAUUGGAUGGUUCCGCUCCCGCUGCUGUGGUUGGGGUGCCGUUCGGGUGUCCGUUUCAGUAUUGUCCGGUGUGGGGUAGGUGUAGCACCCGGCGGACACCGCCGUGGUUGGCUACUGACCCCGCGGUGUGUAGGUGUAGCCCAGCUGUGAUGACCGGCCGCGCUACCAGCCGCUGGUGGAACGCACCCGGUAUAGCUCCGACGCCCGUGUGUGACCCGGUGUGCCGUCUCGUCAAGUGUGCCCGCCCUUCCGUCAGCCGGUGAGCCCCGGGCGCCGCCGGCUGGGCCCACACGUCGGUCGUAUUUUCUAACACAUUGCGUGUAAGCCACACGUAACGAAUGUACCUGUACGUAGCGA